AGGAUUUGGAUAUGACCCCAAUAUGAUUCAAUUGCUAAUUGCAAAUUCGCAGCCUGGCCGUCGUAUACAGCAUUUCAAAAAAAUAUAUAUAACAGCAUUUCAAGGGAAAAAAUACCUCUCUGGCCCCAAAUAUGAAUACAUCGGUUGCUGACUUAUUAUGGGACGGGACAUUAAGUGACCACGCAAGCGCAUCCAUGUAUAUAUCAGAAAUUUAUUCAUAACAAUAAAGUCUUUGUUGUCACAAAUACCAUGAAUUAGAGCUCUGCGGAAUAUAUCAAUAUUUCAGUCAACCUCGGAGUACGUGUUGUAUGUGGGCGCGUUCGCGUACUCAAAACUGUCUGCCUGUCUGGGUUGUGUUUGUAUACAUGCUGUACAAGUAACCGAAAAUGGCGGGCAACGAGGACCUACACAUUGUUUUCAAUUUCUUUGAGAAGGUUCCCAAACCUCCUAAGCAAGAUUCAUAUGAAGAUGGCAUGAAGCAUAUUUACGAAUAUGUGAGGAGACAGCCGAGUUUCGUUCUAGGUCAGAUCCACAAGAACCUAGACCAAUCGAACGGUUUGUACAAGUACGUGAACUAUGUCGGAUUCAACAACGGAGACUUCCACGCCUUUCGAGGAGGACCACCCCCAGCAGAGUGGAUCAAGGUCGGCACAGAAGGUCUCGGAGAUAGAGAACAACGAGUUUGUUACCCAGGUGGUUACGCGGAAUUAGCGACUUCGGCUGGACAGCCAAUGUGUACGACACGGGCUAAAGAUGAACAAAACUCUUACUAUCUGCUCGUCAAUUUCAAGGAUUCUGACAUCGAUGAGGCAAGUUACAGCGCGUUUGAGGCGGACUGGAAGUCAAAGACCGGAGCGGAUAUCAUCCGCGACGCAUUCCCUGCCGGCAUCGUUGGCGGCGACGUCGGCUUCUACAAGAGACGUCGACCCGGAAUCACUCCGUUCAUCUAUGUUCUCCGCUAUGAAAUACUUCCGGGGGCAUCGCCGGAUGCCGUUCUCCAGUUCCUGCCCACUCUUCGGGAGAAACUAACUGCGGGAGGGAUCCCGUUCAGCAACGUUGGUGCCUACAGUAUCUGUUACAUCUGCGACCCAGUCAAAGCCUGAAAUAGAAACUAAUGAACCCCGACACCCUCAGAAGUGUUUUAACCAGCCUCUAAGUUGAUUCAAAUAUUAACCUAUUGGUAAACACCAAAUGUUGGAUAAAAAGAAAUUCCAUGCAAAGUGAAUGGGGAUAUUUUUUUAACCAACAGUUGGUCGGUUCAUGUUUUAACCAACUUUGAGCAUUGGUUAACCAAAUUUCUGAAAGUGCUUGGCCUUUAUCUUCAACAAUCAUCAGAUAAAUUUUAGAUUUUUUACUACUUAUGUGAUUUUUUUACCUUGUAGCAAAUAUAAAUUUCAGUACUUUUUUAAAUGUCUUUUUGUUGUUGUAAUUGUUGUAGCAAUCAAUAUUGUAAUGUGUUCCCAGAUUAGUCAAGCGCCAUGGCCCUGCACGGGCCCAAAAUUUCAAUUGGGGUGCUGUGUACAUUUUUUUUUUCACAGGCAGCACCCCAGGUAUUCUGGAAGAUGUGUGAAAAUUGAGAACAAAAAUUAACAAAAAUGACCCUCAUUUUGUAGUAAAAACAGUUUUUUUUUUGCUUUUAAAAUUUACAUCAGCACCCCGGUAAAAAAAAAUCGUUCACAGGGCCCUCUCAAGCACCAAGAGGGGUGAGAAAUGGUAUGGUCACGAUCAACCCAAAUGAUUGUUUAAGUAUUCAAUUUAAAAAAAAAAUCAACGGAAAGAAAAGGGAAAAUAAGAAAUAAAUACUAUUGAGAAGAAACCUUACAGUAAUGGAACUAGCAGUCAGUCUGCAGGUCCUCAAAAAGGUGCUUCAUUUACCCCAGUGAUAUUCAUGUCUAGAAAGGUUUUUACAUAUUUAAUGAGCUGGGUGCGGACCAAAACACCUCUGUCAUUGCUGCUGUAAAUUUAUAUCAAAUUUCAAUAAAAAAAAUUUGGUAUCAUUGUAAAGAAAAAUAAUCAUUUUGUUCAGGUCAUGUGUUCAAAUUUAUUCAAUAAUUUUGUGAUGUAGGUGAAACUUUUGAUCUAAAACAUGCUACAAAAAAAAAGAUUUUCAUCCGACAAAAGUUGAUAUUUUUACACUUUAUUUCUGUUUCAGCCCAAAUGAUUUUUAAAUCAUGAUAAAGCUGAAGAUCGAAGCUUUAAUAUGAUAUAGGUUGUAUAAGAAGAGGUGUUGUAAAUGGGUCAGGGUCCACCUAUUACUAGGCCAAGUACAUAUUGCAGCUUGAAAACAAGAAUACUGCACUCUAAUUGGUCAAACAGAAUUCCAAAGGUUUCCAUGAUGGGCGUCUCCAAGGUCACACUCACCAACUCAGUGGUAAUCUUUACAAAUUACCCGGGCAUGUUCUUUUGAAACAUUAUCGAGCCAAGAACUCUGGAUUUCAUGCUACUCAGAAAUUUCAGAAAUCUCGUCUUGUAUCUUGAUGGGGAAAAGCUGGAUCCUGACCCAUUUGCAAGGUGCCACACAUCAAGAGUGACAUUGUGAGGAACUACAGGGAAUGAGCUUUACGACGAUAUAUAGGUAUUAUUUGGGCUCAAAAUAAAAAGUUUUGCACAAUUUGCAAGAGAAAACAGAGGAAGAAAAUUACGCUUUUAAAACAUCUUAAUUUUCAGCCCUAAAAUUCAUUUAUUCUAGAAGAGUAACAUUUGCUCUUUCCAAUGAUGCAAUAAUAUUUUAUUUCACUUGAGGAUAUAAAGGGGUUAAACUCUUUGAGAAAGAAAGUCUCAUAAUUCACGAGAUUUCACAGGGAGGUGAAUUCAGUCACGACGGGGCUAGAAUAAAUCUUGCUUAUUUGCUCAUAGCAUAGGGCUCUGGAGUCUGGCGAGAGGUAAAACUAUAUUCCGAACUUUUCGCAUUUACAACGGGGAAACUCUUUACAACGCACCAAUUCCUUUGACAAUUCAAAUCAAAUCACAAUAGAGAGCCGAGAAGCUUUUGUCGAAAGUUGUUGGACCGGGACAGAAUCGGAAUCUCUUGACUCUGGACAACGACAUUAUUUGUAAUUGUUCGUCCGGUGCAAAUCUUCGUAUGAUCUGCUCUUCCAGUCCACCAACUAUCGACAAAAGCCUCUCAGCUCUCCAUCGUGAGUUUAAUUGCAUUUUCAAAGGAAUCGAUGCGUUCUAGACAGUUUCCCCGUAUAGUAAAUGCGAAAACUACCUAUUUUUCAUGACACGUACGGACACCUUGAUGUCGUUAUGCCCCCCUUCUCCUCUUUCCCUCCCCUAUAUACCUUGGAGUCGCUAUCAUGUUCUGCUUAAGUAGUGUAAUUAAUAGUCCUCCUUGUACUUUGUUCUAAAAAAACGAAUAACCUGGACUCAUUCUCAAUGUAUACUCCAUGUGAAUUGAUACUGUGAAUAAAGGUGAUAGUCAUCUAUGUAUAGAAAAACAAAAUGGCAUAGCUUGUGUUUUGUUCAAUCUUGAAUCAACGUUCCUAUUGUAUUGUUAUAAACCUUAACGAUGAAUAUACUGACAUGUUUUCGCGGAAAAGAUUGUCAGCAACACUUUUUUAUGAUCUCAUGAUUAUUCAUGUAGCCUACUUGAAAAGGCUGAAAACAAUAAACCACGGACCUGAUUAAUAUUUUGACAGAAUACAUAUUCGACUGUAAAAAUAGAUUCAUUUUGAAAAUGCCCUAAAGAUAAAUACUAAAUGAUAAAUCUAAAAUGAAUAGAAUAGAUUCUGUUAAAAAAGCACUCACUAAUCAGAUUCUGGUCGACAUGGCAAGAAUACAUGUCUUUAGAAUGUAGCGUUUAUUUAGAAUAGCUAUAGGUCUAUGAUAAUUAAAGGGAUACUCCAGGCUGAAAAUAAUAUCAUUCGGAACAGAUAAUGAAAAAUGAUACAAACAAAACACUGAAAAUCUGAUCAAAAUUGAACAAAGAAUAACAAAGUUAUGGCAUUUUAAAGAUUUUCAUUAUUCCGGUGAAGCAGUUCUCGGCAUGUCUUCAUAAAUAUUCAG